AUGGCUGCACUUUGCAAUCCUGUCCCCAACACAGAUCCACCUGUAGACAGUAAAGCCAUACUAGGGUCAGAUCUUGAAGCAUUACCCAUAUGCAAAUUAUGGCUGACCACUAAGCCACAUGGAAAUAGAAUUUUUAGAGCUGCUUUGAUUUCACAGCAAAAGUGUGUGUGGACUCUCUUCCUCGGCGCUGCCUGCGGAGCUGGCAGCCAUCUGUUACUGGGCAUCACGGCUGCCCUCAGACCUUUGGUGAAGCCCAAGAUCGUUAAAAAGAGGACCAAAAAGUUCAUCCAGCACCAGUCAGACCGAUAUGUCAAAAUUAAGCGCAACUGGCAGAAGCCAAGAGGCACUGACAAUAGGGUGCGCAGAACAUUCAAGGGCCAGAUCUUGAUGCCCAACAUUGGUUACGGGAGCAACAAGAAGACAAAGCACAUGUUGCCCAGUGGCUUCAGGAAGUUCCUAGUGCACAACGUCAAGGAGCUUGAAGUGCUGCUGAUGUGCAACAAAUCUUACUGUGCAGAGAUUGCUCACAACGUCUCCUCCAAGAACCGCAAUGCUAUUAUGGAAAGAGCAGCCCAGCUGGCAAUCAGAGUCACCAAUCCCAAUGCCAGGCUCCACAGUGAAGAAAAUGAAUAGACAGCUUGUUGUGCACGUCAUAUUUGUGUUAAUAAAACCAUAAAACUACAAAAAAAAA